AUGCAGGCAAUCGACGCACCUACGAGUGACGCCAUCCGUGGGCGCCGCCGCCAAGAACCGCGAGCGGGAGGUCGCACCGAGAAGCGCGCCUACGACAAAUGCUUCAGUCGCUGGUUUGCCGCGAAGUUCCUCCAUGGGGAGGGCUCCAAGGCCACGUGCACCAACCUCUUCAAGCACUACCAGCAGUGCGUUCAGAAAGCAGGAGAGAAGGAGGUUCCCACUGAAGGACUGGAGUUCAUGGGCCAUGGCAAAGCUCUCCUCGACCUUAACAGUCAUCUUGAAAAUGGAAAUCAGGAGAUUGAGGACUCUGGAUUGUGUCCAUUAAACCUGUGA